AGUAUGUCCUUUUGCAGGGAGUGCAUUGACAUGUUUUGUUGGUUGCUGAGCCUGCCUGUGGAAAGUGUUGUGCAAAUAUCACUUUCAUGUUCAUAUUUUUCCUGACAAUGCUCUUAUAGCUGAAUGUGGAGAGUUUGGUUCAUCAAAAUUGUUCCAAAAGUACUUUAAUCCUUGUGUGUUCACAUAUUAACUUACAGGGUUUAGCUAAGAGUUGGGAAACUCUUAUAGGGUCUCUCUUUCAAUGCUGCAUCACCUCAUGACUAAUUUUGAGCAGCAGCGUUGUUUGGUAGUGUAUUAUUAGUUUAUGCUACCUAAUAGCAUCAAGACCUUCAGUAUAAGCAUGCCAUUGUUGUUAUUCUGGUCCUGAUUACUGGAACGAUGGCAGCAAUGGUCAUCUCCUGUGUAUUCGCUACCGUUAUUUGGUUUCUUGUAUGGUGUUUUUUCAUUUGCCUCUGUUAUGUUCUUUGGCUGAAGCCAAAGAGUAAAAGACUAAUUUAUCCAUUCUCUUUAAUAUUUGGGCACAUUGUUGGAAUGAAGAGGAUGGUGUCAAUGGACCUACAAGCUGAUGGUGGGAAAACUAGAAGGAAACCUCACAUCUUACUGUUCUCUAACUCAAAUUCCCGUAUUUCAAGCUGUUGACUGAGCAAUUUGGUAAAGUAUUUCAUCCUGGCACAGACUGUUGUUUUGUUAAGUUUCCAACUUAGUUAUGUAUGUUAUAGUUGUAGAAAAUAGUCUAAUGGUCUGUUAAUCUUGUGGUAUGCAUUCCAUUUGAGUAUGGACUGCGACAGGGAGGGGCAUUAUAUGAGAGGGGGAAGGAUGCCACCCAUUGCCAAAAAGAAAAAGGCCAGGGACAGUAGAACUAACUUUCUGCCUGGAGCAUGUCUUGGACCUUCAAGUUGUCUCUGUUCUUGAAAGUUUCUUUGUGGUAUUUUUUGUUGGCAUUCAACGCCAAAACAGUUAGACUUGUUCCCAAGAUUUAUAAUCUGGUCUGUAAUGACUUUGAACUCUUUCACUGGAAGCCCUACUGCUCAGUCUGGUUGGUCCUCAAAUACUAGAACUACUGAAAUUGCAGGGAGGAUCGGCACCUUGUUAGGGAAUUCUCUUCAGAUCAUUUGACUUGGGUAAACCUGCUCAUCCUCAGAAGGAUUGGCACCCUUAUUAUUAAGGUCAUUACAACAAAUGGCGCACAUUGGUCCCAGUAACGAAAAACAAAAAGCUCCCCAGCUUUACAUGUGCAAAGUGAAGGUAUUUCAAGAUGGGAGAUUUAGGCUUGUUGACUUAACUUGGAUUUUGGCACUGCAAUGCUUAUUGGAGUAAAUAAAGUUGGAAUCAUGCAGGAUUUGUUAAUUGUUGAAUCUACAAAUAUGCUGGUCAAAACUUGCGAAUGUGCUAAAAUGGAUGGCUGAACCUCUGAUUUGCUCGUGGACGGUGUUUGGUAUUGACUAUGAUGAAAGAAUACAAAUAUUUUUUCAGGGUAAUGAUCAUAUUAAGGCCAUGAUGAGUACAAGGACUACUCGUGGAGUUUGCCUUGUUAAGGUUGAGGUGUUUAACAUGCACAACAGUGGAGUGUGAAGCUAAAGUGGCCAUGUUGAAUGCUCCCUCAUUCUUCACCUCUUAUAUUCAUUUGAGUCAGAUUUUCACAAACUGAGAAAAAUAAAAUGGUCUGGAGACUAGAGAAGGAGAUCUACUUAAUAAUUGUGGACAGUUUGCAGGAGGGUGCAGACAGCCAUUCUGGUGUCUUGUUACAUGUGAUCAUGCAAGUUGCUACUUGCCAAGAACGGUGAGCUUGGACAUUCCACAGAUGACCAAUUUAUAGUUCACAUAACUGCAAGGACAUCUUCCUGGCUGCAUCUGAGUUCACUUCCAUUGCUGCAACAUGGGUUUGAUGGUAAUGGCAUCACAUCCUGAGCAGCGAUAUGAUAUAUGCACGGUCCCAGAAGUUCCCGGGGGUCACCUUCCUGAUGCAGCAGUUAUAGGCUUGGCAAGUUGAAAGUAGUAUGUAAUUGUUCGUAGGCUAUAACCAAGCUUAUUUGGAAUCUUGGUUUGUAACCAACAACUGAAAAUAGUGGUCGAUUGUUUUCCAAUAUUUCUUGCUAAGAGACCAAUUUGCGUGCCUCAGCUUUGCUUUACAUGCCUUUUGGUUUUCCACUAUUUCUUGGUCUCAAAGAGAUGAACUUCUCUCUACAUAUAAUUACCUUUGAAGAUCCAUUGGAUUGCCAACUACAGCCACAUUCCAUGAUUUGGUUUUCAGAAUUCAUCUUCACCUCCUACACUACCUGAGUUUCUCCAUCCUAGACUUGACAGUGGAACUUGGACUGGUUCAUCAAAUAAAUUUGAAUAUUCAUUAAUUGACCUUUUUCUGUGGUGGAUGAAAGUUUAAUUAAUUAUUACAGAAGAAAAUCGUGAGAGCCUCUAAGGCGCGAACGAUGCAACUGAACCAACAACCAAGGGACAAUUUUGUAAUAACAAUAAAAAACCAUGAAAAAUUGAAAAUGAUCAGCAACACUCAACGUGCUUCCACCCCCUUAUCUUCCGUCCCAUAAAUGUUGUUAACACACUGAACCCACCUUCCUCCACAAACCUCCACAACUUCGUGACAUGUCUCUCCCGUUCUUCCACUCACUUCUCCGAGCCCUCACGUCCAGGUGGCCGGUUUUUCUCUAUGCGGCCACCUGGACUCUUUUUCUGACGGUGACAGUGGCCGUGGCUUCUUUCUCUCCUGAGAUUGCAUUCGUCACGGCCAUAUCUCCCUCCUCGCCCUUCUCCAAGUCUUGUGCUGGAGAGGGGUUUGUUAGAAUACCCUUGGAUUAUCCAAGAGAGGCAAUGUGCUUCCCGACUAACAUGGUUCGGAGGUCCAACUUGGAUUUCUUUGUGCCUACGGUGUUUGCUGCUUUGAUUGUGGCGGGUUCGGCUUUUGUGGUGCGGUCCUUGGCCUUGUGGGAGGGGACAGAGAGACGCAGAGAGGUUGAUGAUGGCUUGAUGUUGUUCUCUAGAAACUAAUAUAAAGUUCCAUGUAAUUCUUUUUUAGAUGCUUCAAUAGCUCAAUGGUUUUACUUCUUUAUUUUCUUGGAUUACAUUUCAGAUUAUAUCCAUGGUUAACUUGUUAAGUUUAUGGCGAA